GCCAAGGAUAUGUUCAGGCUCAUUGAGCGAAGUUGGAGGCAAUUAGCCGACCCCAAAUCGCGGACGCCUGAAGGUUUCCAAGGAAAUUCUUCGUAUCAACAAAUUUUCAAUGAUUGCUUCCAGCGGCUAUUGCAGAAGCCAUGGCACAGUCAUCGCGUACCGUCUUCCUAAGCUUUAUUGACUCUCCUAUAAGCGGGACAGGAUUUCCUAAAACACUGGCAGUGGCUCGGGAUCUAACUUUACUCACAGCAGAAAUACUUGAGCCUCACGAUUGGCUGAAAGCUGAGGAGAGGAAAUUCGACGGCAAACUGUUGCCCGCCAGGAUUUUAGUAGAGCUGCCAAUCGCAUGUGAGCGACUGGGAGCACCAUUGCAAGGCUUGCACAUCGGCUGCUUCCCACUCACAAAAGCAUUCACUUGUUUACUGGCCCAAUCCUGCUCGGCCGAGUCUUUGGUGUGGCGCCAACUGUCAUCUUCUUGCCGCAACUUGAAAUAUCUGCAAUCUGGCAAACGCGGUAUGAAUAGCACACCAUAUCGAAAAGGAAGAAUAGCUGUCGAACACUGCACCAUUAUCGACGCUUAUAUUGGUGCCCUUUGCUCCGCGCCUGAGCUUGUUGCACUCUACAUUUGUAUGACCCCGUUUAGGGUGUGUGACCCGAAACCGCACUCAAUCCGGGAAAUUCCAGCCGCGGACAUUUACUACGAAGCUGGCAACAUCUUGCGCAGGAUUGGAUCCUCAUCGUCGCUGAAGCGUAUCGGGAUUCAGUAUGUGGAAAUUUCCGGCUCAGAUCUGGAUUCUUUCCUCAACAGACUUCCUCAAAGCGGUCUGCGGGCGAUCAUGCUGUGCAGCGUUACUCUGCACAGUGGCGGCUUCGUUUCAGCCGUUGAAAUUCUGAAGUCAAGAAAGCUGAGCUCCAUCAAUUGCAGCGUGGAUCUUUCCAGUCUUCAGGGCGGCGAGUUUGGCCCUCCGCAAGGCUGCAGAGACUAUUUUCGUGUUCGAGAUAAGGAGGAAAGAGAUAGCUAUUUGGAUCGGAUGCAGGAACGGAUGCGACCACUUUUACUGCGGCAGGCCACUGCGUACAUUUGCGGUGACGAGAAGGUGAAUCCGCUUUUGAGUGGAGAUUUCGCCUGAUAAAAUGUCAGAGUCCGUUCGUGAAGACGGUGAUGAAAAAAUCAAUUAUCUACACACCCUCUAUCACACGUUCGCGUGAUCUACGGCGCUUCACAUGGCACAAGCACGUUUGACGUGCGCAGUGCUGUUCAUCUGAGCUUCACACGCUAGCUUCUUUCGCGAAACUAGCGUACGAUGCGAUGUCGACAUUUAAUUACCAUAAGAAAUAGCGUACGGUACGAUGUGAUGUCGACAUUUACUUACAAUGAAAAAAUACUGUUGCUCCU